AGAUUGUCUUCCCAAUUUCCUUCAUGAUAACCUCAGGACUAGACUCCAUUAGUCUAUUUACUCGUAUGCGAUCUGACGUCCCCGCAACUUUCAUGAAGUCGUUCAUUUCAAACUGCACCCUUCCACCAGGUAGCCCAAAUUAUGUUGGCACAGUCACCAUACGAAGUACUCUCGAGAUAGUCUGGAGCUGUUUAAGCAUAAUUCUGCUCUGCACUUGGACAAUACAACACCUCAACGUUCCUCAGCAGAUCGUGUCGCAAACCUUUGGAGAAAGGUUUCGUCGGUCCCUGCUCAGAGUCUGGCAAAAGUCAAAGUGGAUGCUACUCACCAUCUUUGCUCCUGAACUCAUCACUGGGAAGGCUUUCGCCGAGCUUAUCUCCGCACGAAGCGCCCUGCGGCCGAUUCGGCUCUUCCAAGAAGUGAAAGAAGGUAACGCGGCCUGGACGAUGGCGCAUUGCCUUUUCGCGAAUAUGGGUGGAAUCGAGCUUCAUUUUCCGCCGGAAAACGAGAAUGCGGGCACGCUCCAAGGAAGCAUCUGGGCCUUGAACACUAGACAGCUUCGUGUGGCACGCGAUUGCGGCAUAAUUGAGUGGGUUCCGGAUAUCAGCAAGGAAUCGCUCCAGGAUCGAAGCAAGAGCGAUGGUCUCAUCAAAUGUCUAUCCAUUGUGCAGAUUCUGUGGUUAAUGAUUCAACUUACUGGCUCGGAAGAUACGCAGGCUUCCAUCGUCCCAACUCGAGGUUGCUACUAUGGCCUACGCUGCCUGCUCGGUCAUCACGUGGGCACUUUAUUUCGACAGGCCGCAAGGUGUCGGUGUGCCUUGUGUGGUUAAUGCUAGUCGUUAUCCAACUCCGGAGGAAAUUGUCUCCAUUGCGACAGAAUCACCACUCAUAUGGCCAUGGAUGCGUCAAGGAUAUCGAUUUAGGAACAAUUGUUUCCAUUAUUCAGGCCGGCGUUGGCGGUAUUUCUUUCCUCAGCUCCUUGGUGCAGGCUUGGGAGCUGUCGUAUUCGGUGCAGUUCAUCUACUCGCAUGGAAUUUCAGGUUCCCGGGACCGACAGAGCGUUUACUUUGGCGGAUCUCGGCUCUACUCACCACCAUGGUGCCGAUUGUGGUUGAGUUCAGCUUGUUAUUUAUAAGUUAUUUAGUGGACUUUCUGGUGGCAUAUAUACAGUUGAAGCACCUGAACUGGAUAUGGCUCGGCUGGAUAUUAGGACUUGCCUGUAUCUACAUUCUCGCUAGGCUUUUUGUCUUGGUCGAAAUCUUCCGGACCUUGUAUCUUCUCCCGCCGGAAGCCUUUUUGACAACGUGGUCUGCGAGCAUUCCUCAUUUG